AUGAAUGAAAUAUGCCAGGAAAAUAACAAAGAGUCUGUCCAGCUAGGAGUGUUGUUUCCUCACGUGGCAUGCCAUAUAGAGAGAAUAGAUUGUGCUUUCAGUGAUCUUCCUAUUACUCAACACAAGUAUUUUCAAACUGAAGACUUCAUCAUUGGUGCCAUUACUUCUCUUUUUGUUAUUCCUAAAGUGCAAACUCACUUUAAAGAAAACCACAUCUUUACAGUUAUUGAUGAACUUCUAGUUCUCACUAAGCAUUACCAGCAUGUUUUGGCAUUCGUAUUUGCUGUGAAAGAGAUCAAUGAAAACGUCCAGGUUUUACCCAAUAUCACCUUGGGCUUCAGAAUCUAUGACAAGUAUGCUGGAAAAUGGACUUAUCAUACUACCAUGGAACUUUUCUCCCCUGAAAACAAAUUGAUUCCCAAUUAUAAGUGUGGUACCCAGAACAACAUGAUUUCCGUGAUUGGGGCUCUGUAUCCUGAAAUCUCUCUUGAUAUGUCAGUUAUCUUGGCGAUGUACAAAGUUCCACAGUUUGUGUACACUUCUCUUCCAAAAAUAGAAAAGAAAACCCAAGUCACUUCUCUCUAUGAAAUGGUCCCAAAUCAGGAAUAUCAGUACAGAGGGAUUCUUCUGCUAUUGCUGCAUUUCAGAUGGACCUGGGUUGGGGUUCUGGUUAAAGAAGAUGAAAUAGAAGGAUUUCAGCAAAACAUGCUUUCCUUAUUCCCCCAUUCUGGCAUUUGUGUUGAAUUCCUAGAAAGUCUUAAGCCUUUUUUCAUCAGUUCUCUUUCUGAUGGAAUGGAACAAUUGUUGGAAACAUAUCACGUUAUCAUGAACAGCAAAGCCAAUGCAGUGAUAGUCUAUGAAAGAAAUGUUUUACUUUUGAGGGUGUUGUUACAUUUACCUCAAAUGGAGGAAGUACUUGUAAAGCCUAAAGCUAAAGUGUGGAUCCUGCUGUCUGAGAUGGAUCUGGCUUCCUACGUUUUUCAAAGAAGUUGGGAUCUACAAGUCCUCCAUGGUGCGCUGUCUUUUGCCACUUACUCCAAUGAAGUUCCAGGAUUUCAAACUUUCCUUCGAAGUAGGAACCAUUUAUUCAUAAAAGGGGAUCUGUUUGUCAGAGAAGUGUGGGAACAAGCAUUUGGCUGUGAUUAUCCCACUCCAUCUGUGAAUGAAGAUGGCACCUGCACUGGGGAAGAGAGAUUGGAGAGCCUUCCUGCGGUUCUUUUUGAAAUGAGCAUGACUGGCCACAGUUACAGUAUAUACAAUUCAGUCUCUGCUGCCGCGUAUGCUUUACAUGACAUGCAGCUGAGUGCAGAAAAACACAGAGUGCCAAUGAACAGAGGGAAAGUGCACCUUCCGGAUCAGCAGCCAUGGCAGCUCCACUAUUAUCUGAAAAGAGUCUCAUUUAAUAACAGUGCUGGAGAUGCAAUUUCUUUUGACAGGAAUGGGAAAUUGAUAGUUGCAUUUGAUAUUAUAAACUGGAUAACAUUCCCAAACCAAUCCCUUCAUCGAAGGAAGGUCGGGAAACUGGAUCCUUGGGCUCCUCAAGAGAAGAUGUUUGUGAUCAAUGAUAACAACAUCACUUGGCAUAGCAGCGUUAACCAGACCGUGCCCUCAUCUGUGUGUACUGAUAGCUGCCAUCCUGGUUAUUUCAGGCAAAAGCAAGGGGAGAAACCACCUUGCUGCUAUGACUGCAUCCUAUGUCCUGCAGGGAAGGUGUCAGGCCAGAAUGAUGCUGAAGACUGUUCAGGUUGCCCAGAAGAUCAGUACGCAAGCAAAGACAAAACUUCAUGUAUUCCCAAGAGGGUUACUUCCUUGUCUUAUGAAGAACCUUUGGGCACUGCUUUAAGUAUUGUGGCCCUCUCCUUCUCUUUACUCACAGCUUUGGUGCUGGGAACAUUUCUGAAACACCACCACACCCCCAUCAUCAAAGCCAACAACCGGGAUCUCACCUACACUCUUCUCCUUUCUCUCCAGCUCUGCUUCCUUUGUGCACUGCAGUUCCUCAUUACGCCUGGGACUAUAAUAUGCCUCUUCCGACAAAUCACUUUUGGACUCAUCUUCUCAGUGGCUGUGUCCUGCGUCUUGGCCAAAACCAUCAUUGUGGUUUUAGCUUUCCUGGCCACCAAGCCAGGAUCCCAAAUGAAAAGGUGGGUGGGGAAAGAAUUGGCAACCUCCAUUGUACUUACCUGCUCUCUUGUGCAAGCCGUCAUUUGUACCUUGUGGCUGGCAAUGGCUCCCCCCUUCCCAGACGCUGAUAUGAUCUCAGUCACUGAGGAGAUUGUUCUAGAAUGCAACGAAGGCUCGGUGUUCAUGUUUUAUUGCGUCCUGGGCUACAUGGGUUUCCUGGCUGUGGCCAGUUUUAUAGUGGCUUUUCUGGCCAGGAAACUCCCCAGCACUUUCAAUGAAGCCAAACCAAUCACUUUCAGCAUGUUGGUCUUUUGCAGUGUGUGGCUCUCCUUUAUUCCCAGCUACCUGAGCACCAAAGGAAAAUAUGUGGCUGCUGUGGAGAUUUUUUCCAUCUUAGCCUCCAGUGCUGGGUUACUCAGUUGCAUGUUUUUACCAAAAUGUUACAUCAUUAUCCUGAGACCUGAGCUAAACAAGAGAGAAGUGCUAAUACAUGGAAAACAGUAUAAAUAA